AACCCGGAAGUAGCCAUUGGCAACCCGAUACACAAUAGCGACUUGCGCCAUUUUGAAACGUAUUAGGGGCUUCUUCGUUUGUCCUUGAUGUCCAUUAGUCCUGGGAAAUAAGAGGGAAAGAAGUUGCAGAUAUGGCUACAGAGGAGAGUGAGACAAGCUCACUAGCGGAAGAAGAGAUCUCCUCCGAUGAGGCUGAAACUGUACGCCGUCUCCACGAUGCCUCCAGCCAACCAGAUGAGACCUUCAUCACGGAGAGCAGGAAGCGGCCGGAGUGGCGCGACAUCGACAUCCCGCCGGCGCCGUACCCGCUGUCUAAUGACAUGUUCAUUACUAAAGUGGAGCAUACAAAAAAUCUCCUGAGAGCCAAGGAUGUGGAGGCUGGGUUUGGGGAGGGGCAGUCAUCAGAAGAGUGGCUCAUCAACCACAGUAUCGAACAUGAAGGGCUCACGAUAAAGGACGUACUGACCAAGGGGAAAGUCACUCAGCCCAAGUCUAAGAUGAGCUCAGAGAAACCCAUGAAACACCUCCAGUUUGAAGCCACUGAUGUCAACGAGUUUGAGUAUAAACUUAAUUUAGCAAUCGAACAGUACCACAAGAGAAUAAAAUGGCUUCUGCAAGGGACAAAACGGCACUUUGGUCUGGUGAAGGGUACCAAGGUUGCUGUUUUGAUUGACACAUCAGAUGCAAACUGUGCAUUUGGCAGGAUCAAUGCUUUCAAGGAUGAAAUUGUGCACCUGAUAGAUGAACAGCUGAGCACGAAGGACGGUCUGUACUUCAUGUCCUUCGGCACAGAUGUGCAGCCGCUCUGGGACAACGUCAGAGAUGUCAAUGUCAGAACACUUCAGGAGGCCCGUGAGUGGAUGGCCAGGAGAGAGGGCACCGGGGGCUGUAACCUACUCAGGGCACUGAAGAAGGUUCUGACGGUCAAGAAAGUCAACUACUUACUCAUCAUACUGGGCAACUGCCCCGACCAGACCACUGAGAUCCUCUGUAACUACGUGGAGCAGUGCAUGGUGGGAAGGGCACUACCCAUCCACACAGUUGCCUACGACUGCAGCAAUCACAUGACCAACGUGACACUAAGAACACUUGCUGAAAGAUCUGGAGGGAGGUACCACUGUUAUGCUUCAGGCUGCACGGAGCAAAUCUACACAGGCACAGACAUCAGCAUCCUCCUGCGGGAGUCCAAGAGAGCCCAGGACGUCAUCGCCAAGAUCAAGGAGAUGAGGACAGGCAUGAUGGGAGAUGCCCUCAUCAGCAUCAUGAAUGAGAUCUCGUAUGAGGUAGAGAAGCUCCCCCAGUCCAGGUUCCUGCCCCGCCCUCCCAACCACAGCGGACCGCUCAACAUCGAGACUCCAAACUUCCAGCCAAAAACCUCCGAGGUGUGGCUGAAGACAAACGGACUGAAAGGGAAAAAGCUGAACUUGUACCAGGUCUUGUCAUCUAACGCAUUCUCACCCAUCGAGGAGUUCAUCCCAGUUAUCAAGAAGGUCGUCACAUCACAAGUUCAUGAGAAAUCCAUGGCCCAGUUCCAGUGGCAUGAUGGGACAGUAAAGAACGUGCACGUGGACCCCACCAUGCUGUACGACUACCAGAAGCGGCUGGGCGCCAUCGUCAAGACGUACGAGAAGCGCGUGGACUGGCUGUCGAGCGGGAGCCGCAGGAUCUGGGGAACGGUGUGCGAGAACCGUGUGGUCAUCCUGGUGGACCUGUCCGUCAUGAACGCCAACUACCUGAUCCACAUCCAACACUCUCUCAGACUAUUACUGGAGGAGCAGAUGGGCAAUAAGGCUUACUUCAACAUCGUGGCAUUUGGAAGUGUGAUGAAGUCGUGGAAAAAAUCCCUGCAGCCACCAACACCUGAAAACCUGCAGAAUGCAUGGAGUUGGGUUCUGAACCUGGAGUGCGGGGGGAGUAGGAACUUCCUGGAAGGGUACAAGUACGCUGUGGAGAACGACCUUGAUGAGAAGUUCCACACCGCGGCGCAGGGCGUGUACCUGUUCACCAGCGGGGUGCCCGACCAGGAGGAGGAUGUUAUCUGUUCCUACAUUGCUGAGACGUGUGGUGGAAAUGACCUGAAGCUGCACUGUAUCCUGUUCAGUGCCGAUGACAACAUCACCUCAGGCGCCGUGCCUGGCCGCUAUGCUAACGUCGACAAAACCGCCGAGACCCUGAAGAACAUGGCGCACACGGGGCGCGGGCGGUUCCACUGGUUCAACGAAUCAGGAAUCAUCGAGUCUGAUGACAUCACUGCUGUACUGAACGAGAGAGAUCGGGCUGUCAACUAUUCACAGAAGUGUGCAAUGCUGGUGGAUUCAGUCAAGAGAAGAGCAGAAGAAAGAAGAGCGCUCAAGUACCAGCAGGCCCUGGCUAUUGAGAAUGGUCAGCAGGACAGGAAAAUGCUGCGCAAAAGACCCAAGUCUGCUGAGAAAAAGGCUCUUAUUCCACCCAAACCUACACAGCUCUUCUUGGCCAGAAAGCAACUCCUGGAAAACAAAGACACAGACUCAGACAAACAGAAACCAUGGCGACCCCAGAGUGCCAAGGCAACUAUUCCAGGAGUUUCCUCCUCCCAUUCUGGCUGUCUGGGUGAGAAGGUCCCUCCCAGCAGGAAGUCAGGCAGACCUGCAACACAAGUCUUCUACACAGAAGUGGGCAAUGAUGUUGGUGUUGUUUUCCGCCAAUAUCCCAAGGAAAGGAGUGUGAGGAAACACAUCCGGCAACCAAUCAUACCCGACACAGAGGAGAUCAUAACUACCAAACAGUGGCUGAAGAAGUACAGUCUGCUGAAGCUGGGGUUAGAUCUACACAAACUGUGUGCUGGGCCAGACUGCACUCAUGAUAAGAGGAAAGUGGGAACUCUGCACAGGAGAGUGGCUGCAAAGUACUGCUCCAUUUUCCCCAGUGUUGAAAUCAAGGGUGUGGUGAAGCACCUGCAGCUGCUGCCACACGAGCUGGAGGAGUACGAGACGCAGGUGGAGCGGCUGCUGAAGAGAUAUGUCAGCAGACUGCAGUGGCUACUGUCAGGCAGCAGAAGAGUCUUUGGUGUUAUUACAGAGAAGAAGGUUGCUAUCCUGGUGGACACUUCAGGCUCUAUGGGACCACAUCUGCCAGAGCUGAAGAAGGAGCUGGCAUCACUGGUGUGGGACCAACUCUGUCUCAACACUGAGAAGUUCAACUUGAUCAGGUUCUCCAGUGAUGUGGACACAUGGCAGGUUCAGCUGGUGGAGCCGACAGAUGAGUUCUGCCACGAUGCCGUACAGUGGCAGGCCACGUUUGUCGCAGAGGGAAACACCAACACACUGGGAGCUCUGGAGGAAGCGUUCCAGGACUCAGCAGUAGAUGGUGUGUACCUGUUGACUGAUGGGAAGCCUGACCAGAGCGCCUCCAUGGUGCUGAAGGAGGUGGCUAAGAUGAACGAGGGGAGGGGGGUGCAUGUCAACACCAUCUCCUUCAACUGUGAUGACAGCACUGCCAACUCCUUCCUGAAGCAGCUGGCAUCAGAGACAGGUGGGCGGUACCACCGUUGCCAUGGCGAUUAUGAUGGACACAUGUUUGCCCACCGCCUCCUGACCAGUGAGUUCCAGGAUGAAGAUGAUCCCAACAUCCCCCCGUUUGAGGGUGAUGACCUGCGACGACUGGGAGCUGAGAUCAUGAAGGCCAGACAGUACCUGACAGAGUCCAGACAAUGGAGGUCCCUGCAUUCUCAAACAUCGAAACCCCACCAGAAACAGUACUCCAAGACUUCCCCUGAACUGUUGGAUGCUGGGAAAGUACCAAACGGGACAUCUACAAGACCACUAUCUGCCUCUCCUGCUUUUAGAUAAGGGAAAUACAUUUAGAUAAGGGAAAUACAUAUCCUGUAACAUUCUGACCACAACAUUUUAGCCUUUUGUAUAUACCAGGGAUAAAGAUAGGGAUUUUAUGCUGAAAGACAACUUCUGUAUUUGUUUAGAAUACAUUGAGUUUGGAAGAUUUAAGGGAUAGGUGAAUAAUGGAGUUAGCCUGAGUACUAAUUUUGUGAGUUUAUGCAUGAUUAAGUACUUGCACGUGAAUAAGUGUUAGAGUAUAUACAUGCUAUGUCUAAUGAAGUUGUAGAUACCUCUAGCACAUGCAAAAUGUUGAUGAUAAUAGGCUUAACAUAGGGCUGAUAAGCCCUCUUUCUAUGCUGUAAAGAUUUUAACUCGUUUUAGACUUUCAGCUGGCUGAUUUUAUCACAAAGAAACUUAGUUUGACUUGAUCCUGGUGCUGUGUACCUUACUGAUACUAGCCAAGGUGUACCAGCAAUAGGAUGAUGUUGUAAAUAGUGAUAAAGAACUCUAUGUACAUCUAAAGAUAUAUUUCAACAAAGCUGUAGUGGAUAUAUGAAGACUAUUGAUAUGAAAGUAGCAUGCCUUCUUUUGAGGUACUGAUUUGACCAAUGUUUUACGUUCCAUUCCAUUGUGUAAGAUGAGGACCAUAUAUCUGUAAUUUUAAACAAGUCAGAAUUAUUGCAUACAGUUGAUAAGCUUAUGAGACAUUGCUCUGACAAAUGUAUGUUAACUCGUGAAUGAUAUGGGCACAUGUGCCUGUGGUGUUCCAAGAUCAGCUUUCCCUAUAACAGUGAUCAGGUUGACAAAAAAUGUGAUGUUGAGACCUUGGACAUCCAUUUUAAUCUUUGGAGGGGUCAUAAUCAUGAUGUUUCAGGCUGAAUUAUGCUGUUAGCUAUAAAUUCCAUUGGUGAUGCUUUUUCAUUAUCCUGUAUAGUAAUAAUAUAGAUAUAAUGUGCUAACAUUCUGGUAAGAUUUAAUGCUGUGAUGCUGUGCACUGGAUAAACUAUACUGCAUGUGUUGCUGAUAUAGAGAAGCAUGUCAUUGAGCUAAAUGAGUCUAAUAUUGAUUGAAUUUUUGUGAUUUUUGCAAAUAUGGAAGGAACCCAUAUCAUGUAUUACUUUUGGUACUAUAGUAAAGUGAUGUAAAUAAUAAGCUUAUUGAUGGAUGAUGAAAUAAAAGCUACAUUUUGUA